AUGCCCGAGUAGAGUUGAGCUUCUACCGGAGAUAAUUCUUCCCAUCAAUUGCGAGUAGAGUUGAGCUUCUGCCAGAGAUAAUUCUUCCCAUCAAUUGCAGAAAUAGCUAGCUCUUGCUCACUUUCUCUCACACUCUUUGUUAGUUAACACUACUGCUGCUUCAUUAUUUUGUGCUGAAUCAGAAAUGGGUUCUCUUGUGGGAUUGAUGUACCACUUAUUUCGUGUCAAAAUCAUCACUCUUCUCACAGAGAAGAGGGUUCACCCUGAUCUCUUUGUUCCCGAGAUUAACGAGGUUGAUAUCUACCAGUUUGAUCCUUAUGACUUGCCAGCGCUUUCAGAAACCAAGUCCGAUGACCAGGUGUGGUACUUUUUCUGUGAACCGCAUUAUAAGUAUGCCAACAGUAAACGUGCCCACCGAGCAACCGGAGGAGGGAACUGGAAAAUAACCGGUCGAGGCUGUGACGUGAAGGAUAAAGGAAGGGUGAUCGGUAAGAAAAGGACAUUGGUUUUCUGCAGACGUGGUAGUACUUCUAAGGAGAUCAAGACUGAUUGGGUUAUGCAUGAGUUCUAUAUCGAGGACAGCCCUUAUUAUGAGAAGAAUUUUGUUGUCUGUUACAUAGAAAAAACAAAAAAAAACAAGUCUAGUGUUUCAACACCCGAUGAUGGUCAACCGAGUCACAGUCUGUCUUCACAUUAUGAAAGUCGUGUUACAGAAAAUUCUUCUUCGGAGGUUGAAUCUCAGCAAACAAUGAGUCAGCAUUUGAUUUCUGAUUCUAGAAAGCAUAUUACAGAAAAUUCAUUUUUAGACGUAGAAUCUCCACCACUAUCAAGUGACGAAUUAGAGAGUAUUUACUCAAUGAUAAAUCCUCAACCACCAGAUGAAUUUGAUGCAGUCAGUGGCUAUAAUUGGCUGAAUCACAGCUCGGUCUCUGCUCUGCAGUCGCCAAUUAAUCAGUACCAGGGAUCCAAUUCCUCAUACUCAAAUGGCAUUAGUAAUGACUGUAAUCUGGGGAGCUAUGAAUUCACUGGUGGGCUUGAAGAUGUCGUGAAUUCGCAAAGGAAUGUCCAGAAUCAAUAUCCUUGCGAAGUAGUACUGACUCAGUCAGACAUUGAAGCAAUGGUUAAAGAGCUAUCUUGAGGACUUUCCGCCAAUAGCAUGGGAAAAUUAAAUAGCGAAGGGGGAUUAUAUUAUUACGGUUAUGAACACUGUAGACUGCUUUGCUGUAUUCUAAUUAUUAUGAGCCUUGUAAUUGUCGACCAUAAUGGUCACAUCCUUUUGGAUCUUGUUUCAAACACUUUGAAAAAAUUCAGCUUGUCAAUUAUAUUUAUAUCUAAGUAUGGCUUAGUUCUGGAAACUUCAAGUAUUGUUUAAUGGGAAUGCUGUUCAUA